GGGGCCCGCGGCCCUGCCCCCCUCGGCCGGGCCAUGUCGGUGUGCGGCGGCCCCGGCGACGCGGCGGCYCCGCGGUUGCGGCCCCGCGCCGCUCUGAUGGCGCGGCGGCCCGAGCUGCUGUGCGGCGCGGCCAUCGUGCUGGGCUGCGCCUUCCUCGUCGCCCUCAAAGUCACCUGCAGCCGAGCAAAAGAUGUAACAAUGCCAGCAAAGGUUCCAGUGAAUUUUUUCUCCACAAAAUCUCCAGUCAUUGAUCUUUUUCGGGGGCAGUUAGACUAUGCAGAGCAGCUCCGUCAGGAUUCAGAAAUUGUGCUGUAUUUCUUCUACGCACCAUGGUGUGGCCAGUCCAUUGCUGCAAGAGAAGAAAUAGAACACGUGGCCAGCAGAUUGUCAGACCAGGUGCUGUUUGUGGCUGUAAAUUGCUGGUGGAACCAGGGGAAAUGCAGGAAGCAGAAGCAUUUCUUUUAUUUUCCUGUGAUUCACUUGUACCAUCGGAGUUUUGGACCAAUUGAAUACAAAGGCCCUAUGAGUGCUGUUUAUAUUGAAAAGUUUGUUCGCCGGGUGAUGACACCACUACUCUACAUCUCGUCUCGAUCAAAAUUACUAGAUUUCCUCUCAAAUUAUGAGCCUGGAGUUGUGGGAUUUUUUGAGUUCAAUGCUUCACCUCAGCCACCUGGUUAUUUAACAUUCUUCACAUCAGCAUUACAUUCAUUAAAGAAAGAUUACCUUGGGWCAGUACGCUUUGGAGUCAUCACAGAUAAACGUGUGGCAGAGGAGAUUUCCCUGGUACAUCCUGGCAGUGUGUAUCUGCACAGACACGCCAACACAUCUCUCAUCUAUCCAAAAGACAUCAUGAACUUCACUGCUGAGAAUAUUUGCAAGUGGGCCCUGGAAAAUCGGGAGAUGCUCAUACGCUGGCUGAGACCACACGGUGGGAAAAGCCUUCUUCUAAACAAUGAGCUGAAGAAAGGACCAGCACUUCUCAUAUUUCUACCUUACAAUCCUCUAGCAGAAAUUCAUCCUCUUUUAGAUGAAAUUACCAAAGUGGCCUUGGAAUACCACAAGUGUAAUAAAAGCCAGGCAGCUGAGCCAGAUCUUCAGCACUUAGGAGACUCUGAUUCACCAGCUUUUGAUUCUUCUGUGACAGAUGCACAUCUGAAGUUCUCGGAACCAUUUUCCAUAGCCAAGUACCCGUGCUGUAACACGGUGGUGCUUCCACAGUGGCAUUCAAUCUCCAGAACUCACAAUGUCUGUGAGCUCUGUGUUAACCAGACUCUUGGUGUCAAACCAAAUAAAGUCCAUGUGCCACACUGUAACUUUUUAGAGAUAGAAGCAGCUUUGGACUCUUUCUACCUCCAGGAACAUACCUUUUAUCAAGUAAUAUCAAAUACCAUAGAAUGCAGCAAUUUCUUAAGUUUCUAUAGUCCCUUUAGCUAUUACACUGCAUGUUGCAGGACAGUAAACAGGCAUUUUUUAAGUUUCAUUAGUUCUGAGAAGACCAUCUUUCAGACCCCCAAAGUAGCAUUUUCUUCCCAUGGGAAGAAAGAUWACACUCAAUUUUCUAUUCCUCACAUUGAGGAUAGGAAUUGUUUUAUUCCUGACCUUAAUAUUAGUAGCACGAACAUUACUGGUCUGAGCUGCAGGACCAACAAAACCUUGAAUCUCUACCUGCUGGAUUCAAAUCUUUUUUGGAUAUACGCAGAGAGAUUAGGAGCAUCAAGAUCUACUCAUCUUAAGGAAUUUGCUGCCAUUGUUGACCUGAAAGAGGAAGUGCACUAUGUCCUGGACCAGAAUACRUCACUUGUUGGACCUACCCUGGAGAACUUCAUUAAAAAUUUCAGUGUUCUCUACAGUCCCUUGAAAAGGCAUCUGGUUGAUGACCCUUCAGUCCAUUUUCAUGAACAGCAUGUGAUCACUGAAGUGACUACUAACACCUUUCAUGAGAUUGUGUUUCUGAGUGCAAAGAAUGUCUUGCURCUCUAUUAUGCACAGUGGUGUGGAUUCUGUGCUUCUCUAAAUCACAUCUUUAUUCARCUUGCUCGGCUUUUGCCUCCUGACAGUUUCACUGUGGCAAGAAUUGAUGUAACUCGAAAUGACCUUCCCUGGGAAUUUAUGACAGACCGUCUCCCAACCAUAUUAUUUUUUCCUCAKCGGAGGUACUCAUUUUAUCUUGGUCUCUGUAAUGCUUUAGGCUGUCUCUGGAGGAACAGACUGAGUAGUUUUARUAAGAUUAUUUUUCUAAUGUUCCARCUGGUUUCAUAAAGGUACCUUACCUCUAGUCAUUGCUUUCACUCCUGCUUUUCCUCUCCAGUGUUUUUUAGAUUUUGCUGCAUGCAGGUCAUUAAGAAAAUUGGGAUCUGACAGUGUUUGUAGCCUCUGUAGCGUUACUAGAGUAGUCAUAUAUUAAUUUUGGAUAUAAAGGCACCUCAUAUUAAGACUUUUUAUGCAGCUUCUCAUCUGUUUGCCUUAUGAGACAAUUUCUGCAAAUUAACUCCAUUCUCAGUUUCUUUCCACCACAUGCUGUUAAUAUUUUGUUCUGCUAUUUGUUUUAAAUAGCCUUUUAGCUUCUUUGAUACGCRCUGUGGUUUUGAUCAAUAAAAAUGGAUGAUGAUGUAGUAAAAUAUUACCACAGUAUAAUGAGUCAAUUUUGAUUUAGUGUAGACURUUUUUUGCCUAAAUCAUGUCAUGAUUCAUUAAUCUGGGAUGUGAGCUGAUUGUCAGCUGAGAAACUGCUGAUGGCAAUUACAGGAGUAACUUGGUAGAUAAUCAUAAGUCUGCAGGGGAGAAAAACUCUUCUUGCUUACUCUCCCAGAAAUAGCUUCAUCUUGAUGAGCAGGAGCCUCAUCUGACUGAAGUUCUUGAGCUAAUGAYAAAAUAUGGUGUCUGUCUUCUACCUGAAGUACAAUAGACAGUUUUCAGCAAAUGAAAUAUUUUUAUAUCCCACAUGCUUAUGACUUGSAUUUCACAGAAGGCAUUUUUGAGGGAAGUUUAAUUGGUAACUGAGGAACUGCCAUUCUAGAUGCACGUURUAAGCAAUUCAGAACACAAUGUCACACACAAGGGGACACAGGUUGUCUGUGGUGUGUAUUGUGCAGAAGCACCAGUAGGCUUUAGGCAUUAUACUUCAAUCAGGCUUUCUUGCUUUGCAGCGAUUUUCAUUUGGGCUUAUUCUGUGUCUUUUUUCUCACCUAUGUAAUUAACCCAGAUCUGACUGUAUGCUACAUACCAUUACCUUAGUCAUGAAUUUGACAGCUAAGGGGAAGUAAACUGAGCUUUUCUUCUUGGUUUUAGUGGCUGCCUCAGGAAACAGAGUAUGCUGCUGACUGGCAAAGCUGGAGCAGAUACAAAUAAAUAAUUAGCUGGCUUCUCAGUUACACAUAGUGAGGUGGAAGUGGCUGUGCUGCAGGAGGAAGUGAACUUGUGUUAUGCUGGUUUAUGCUGACUGAAAGGCAGAAGAUGGAACUGGUUCAGAAGGAGAUCAAGAGUUAGUUCCAGUGUAGUCCUCAGAGGACAGUUUAGCCCGAUAUGUGUACACAGAGUCCACAAAGGGCAGUAAUUGUAACAUUUGUCACAGCUGGAGCUGGUGUUUGUGGUGGUUGGUAGGCUUGAGGAAGAAAUUUGGUACUUGCUGUUCCUGGCCUCUCUUGCCAGGUUGGAACAGUUUAUGCUGCUACAGAAAGCAGGGGGCUUACCUGCUCCAUACACUGGGCUUAGUAUUCACAGCUUCAGGGGGGAAAAACACCAACAAAAACCAACAGGAAAACCUUGUUUGGUUUGCUUCCUUCASCACCUCUGACAUAAAGACGAAGCAGUAGGAGGAACAAGUAAAGAGAUGUAUUUUUUUGAUUGCAAAAGGGCCUUACUUCUGACUGAAGUGACUUACUGUUUAAAAGCAAACUGCUCCCUUGCAAURCCUUUSAGAUGGAACACACUCAGCUACUGCUUCCAGGAUAACUUACAGUUCAAAAUAAUCAUUUCCCAUCAGGUAGCUUUAUACCUCUGGAAUUGAAUUCUAACUAUAAAUGUAGAGUUAGGAACAAUUAAAUGUCAUCCUUUAAGUUACAAACGUUAA